AUGGCUUCAACUAUUCCAUCCCAAGCGCCCGCCGAAGCGCCCUGGAAGUCGACCUUUCAAUCCCACCUCUCCAAGAUGGAUUCCCCCGAAUUCGUCUUCACCUCCCUCCACCCGGCCCCCUCAUCCAGCCCCGUCCCCUACUUCCCGCGAGCCCGCUACUGCAUCUUCCGCGCCUUCUGGGCGGAACUGCCAGAGAACAAACACAACACCGCACCGAAGAAUGAAAGAGUCUACGAGAGCGAUAUGCCCACGUUCACGACGGACGUGCGGAUGCAGAAGGUGUUUGAGCUGUUCAGUUCGAGUUCGGGGAAGGCGGAUCGCGAGGGGUUGAUACAGGGCAGUGGAGGGGGAGGGCCUUGCGAGGCGGUGUGGUGGGUGAAGGAUGUGAUGGUGCAGUGGAGGGUUAAAGGGGAGGCGUUUAUUGUUGGGCCGGAUGUGGAGGAUGAGACGGAGAGUAGUGGGGUGAGGACUGUCAAGAGUGAAUUGGGACGGAGGAUGAGGGUUGUGAAGGAGGAGGGGAAGGAGGGGUGGAGUUGGAAGAGGGAGAUUACGGGGCAUUUUGGGAAUAUGAGUCCUGGGAUGAGAGGGACGUUUGCGGCUCCGCCUCCAGGGCAGCCAGUGGAUCAGCCAUACGACGACAAGAAUCUUAAACUCGGCGAGAAGGUGGAAGACCUCGACGACCCCGUCGCGAGGAAGAACUUCCGCGUCGUCGUCAUCAAGCCGGAAGAAGUCGAGUCCGUCGAUUUAUCCGACCCAAAGAAGGCUCGUCGACAGGUGUACAAAUUUGAUGAGAAGACCCAGAACUGGUCUCACGAGGAGACAUGGCCGUGA